CGGCGGAGCGGGGCUGGAGCGGGGCAUGGAAGGGGCAGCGCUGGCGGCAUCGCUGGCCGAAGGGCUCAUCAAAUCCCCGCGGCCGCUGAUGAAGAAGCAGGCGGUGAAACGGCACCAUCACAAGCACAACCUCAAGCACCGCUACGAGUUCCUGGAGACCUUGGGGAAAGGCACCUACGGCAAGGUGAAGAAAGCCCGGGAGCGCUCCGGGAGGCUGGUGGCUAUCAAAUCAAUCCAGAAAGACAAGAUCAAGGAUGAGCAGGACCUUGUCCACAUUCGGAGAGAGAUCGAGAUCAUGUCCUCCCUCAACCACCCCCACAUCAUUGCUGUCCAUGAAGUGUUUGAGAGCAGCAGCAAGAUUGUCAUAGUGAUGGAAUAUGCCAGCAAGGGGGAUCUGUACGACUACAUCAGCGAGCGGCAGCGGCUGCCGGAGCAGGAGGCGCGGCACUUCUUCCGACAGGUCGUGUCUGCCGUCUACUACUGUCACAAGAAUGGGAUUGUUCACAGGGACCUGAAGCUGGAGAACAUCCUUCUGGAUGCAAAUGGCAACAUCAAGAUUGCAGACUUUGGCCUCUCCAACGUUUACCAGCAGGACAAACUUCUGCAGACAUACUGUGGCAGCCCUCUCUAUGCAUCCCCUGAAAUCAUCAAUGGGAGGCCCUACAAGGGCCCAGAGGUGGACAGCUGGUCCCUGGGUGUUCUCCUCUACAUCCUGGUCCAUGGCACGAUGCCAUUCGAUGGCCACGACUACAAGACUCUGGUCAAGCAGAUCACGAGUGGGGACUAUCGGGAGCCCACGAAGCUGUCAGAUGCCUGUGGGCUGAUCCGCUGGAUGCUGAUGGUGAACCCCGAGCGCCGAGCUACCAUCGAGGACAUCGCCACUCACUGGUGGGUCAACUGGGGCUACAGGGUGCCUGUUGGGGAGCAGGAGCUGCUGUGGGAGAGCGAGUCCCGCCUGGGCACGGUGACAGAGUGGCUCCGCCGCUCCUCCCGGCCCCUCCUGGAGAACAGCUCCAAGGUGAGAUGCUUCCUGAAGCAGCACAUGCCCAGCGUGGCUCUGGAGAGGCAGCGCUCCCUCAAGAAGUCCAAGAAGGAGAAUGAUGUGUCCCACGUGCUGCAGGAGGUGACCCUGGCUCCAGACAACCCCUCCAAAUCCAUCCUUAAGCGGCCCAAGGGCAUCCUGAAGAAGAGAAACUCCUGUGAGCAGAAGGUGCCCGGCCCCGGUCCCCCGGCAGCAGAAGCCAGGGGGGAGGAUGGCGAGGGGUCUGCUGCAGGGCUCCCCCACAUGCUGUCCUCAGGGAUGCUGCCCUGCAGCGUGGCUGCUGGAGCAUUGCCCGUGGCAGUGCCCAAGAAGGGGAUCCUGAAGAAGCCCUUGGCCAGGGAGUCAGGCUAUUACUCGUCCCUGGAGUGCUGCGAGUCUGGGGAUGUCCUGGAUGAGGGGAGCUUGGACCUCGACGGGAGCGUGUUUGCUGACAACCCCUCCCCGGAGCAGGGCCCCCAGGGUGUCCCUGCCUGCAGGAAAGGCAUCCUCAAGCACAAUGGCAAGUACUCCUCCAGCAGCACUGAGCCAGGGAGCUCCCCCAGGCAGGGCUUUGGGGCUUUUGCUGAGCUGCCCCUGCCCCAGGCGCCCCGCGGCCGCCCGUCCAGCGCCGUCAGCGAGGACAGCAUCCUCUCCACAGAGUCCUUCGACCAGCUGGACCUGCCCCCCCGUGUUUCCCCCCCUGGCAGCGGGGGCAUGAGGGGCUGUGUCUCUGCUGACAGCCUCCUGAGGCUGGAAGAGGAGGAGGAGGUGGAGGAAGGGCGAAGGCUGCGCCGCUGGACUGUGACCCACUGCCGCAGCCCCCUGGCAGAGAGCCGCCUGUCCCUGGCAGCCUGUGCCAGCCUCAGCCAGGGCUACCAGCCCCCAGCUGCCAUUGGGGUGAAGCUGAGCUGAGGGCACCUCCUGGCACGGCUUCUUGGGGUGUGCUGUGUGCUGGGGAAGGGGCUGAGCACCCCCUGCCCUGGGGCUGCUGGUGCUGCUGAGCCACGUCCCCUGGAUUCAUUGUGCAGCCCCGUGCCCCUCGGGCAGCAGAGUGGGUGCAGGUGGGCAAGAAGCCCUUGGUGGCUGUGGGGCAGGGCUGAGGGGAUGCCCCAAAGCCCAGGACAUUGAAUGGACAAAGCCCUGAGUGAUUCAGCCCCCUCAGAGGGGCUGGUAAGGGGAGGUCCUUGCUGCCAUCCUCCCCUCACAAACAGACUCAUCUCAUCAGGGCAAAGGGCCCAAAGGGGUGUGGGGGACGUGGGUUUGUUUUCUGUUGCACUGUUGUUGGUUUUGGCUGCACAAGGUAGUGGAUGGGGCAGGUGAUAUACCUCAAACUAGCUGGAGAUGUAGCAGGGUGCUGGUUAGGGGGAGGGAGGAGGGGGGAAAGGUGCUGCCCCUGGCCUGUGGGUUGAGCUCUCAGCAUGUGCUGUCACCAGGGUCCAAAGUGGCCAGAGCCUGGUUCUUCCCUUUCCUAUGCUGAGAAACCCAAGUGGAUGUGGCCAAACCCCCUGAGAACACACUCAUGCCAACAUCUAUUUUUUUAUAUACUGAAAAGAGGAGAAAAAAGAAGUGCCUUGAGUGAGGCACCACUUAUUUAUUGCCUUUGUCUGACUUGAUGUAAGGGUUGAGCAGCACAGGCUGUGGCUGGCUCCAGAAGGGCCUCCCAAGAUGUUUUCCCCAGGGAGGGGUGGAGGGGCCUGUGCUGUUGCUCUGUUGCACUAUUGCCAUGUGUUGGCUGCCCCUGUCCCUUCUCCAGGGGGCUGUGGGUGUGUGUUCUUCCCCUCCUUCCUCCAACCUGGUCUUAAGAGAACCUUUAAAUUAAAAGCAAAUGGUA